ACCACGGAGGAGGAGGACGGCGCGGAAAACACCUCGCCCUUCCCAAGCCCGCGUCCUCCUCCUCCUCCUCCUCCUCCUGCUAUCUCCCCUUCCCCUAUUCAUGUCCUCGGGAAGACCGCCCAGGCUCACCCUGCAGACUGCGGGUGACAGCGGGGAGGCUGGCGCCGAGGCUCUGCGGGCACGCAGGCAUGAGCGCAGUUAGGGGGCGGGAGCCUCGGCAGCCUCGGCGGCGCGCGACGACGGAAGUGAUCUGAAAGAAGUUACGUGGAAUUGCAGUUCUCCACAAAAAAACGGCUCCGAACGCCAGAGGGACGAAAAAGCAAACGUCGGGUAUUAUUAUGUCGAUUUUCCAAGGACCGGGGUUCUCACCACAGAACCGAUGAAAAGGCUGGCUCUUCGGGAGUCCUGCCAGCAUUUUAUACUUAUAAAUCAGUAGGAUUGCCGGGAUUUGCUGUGGACCAGCAACUUCUUAUCCUUAAACACCUCACGAUUUCAAGAAAGUGUGUUUGUUUGCUUUACUUUCCUGAUCCUUCCAUCAUUCCGGUCUCCCCGGAGCCGAUUUCAGCCUCUUCGUUCAAAGUUAUGUUUCUACCGAGUGUGAUCGCUAAUUGAAAGUUAACUUUUGGUUUUGGAUGAGUCUGUGGAGUUUACGUUGUAAGAAGAAAGGGAGCCCGAGACACGAUGAAAGAAAAGUCUAAAAAUGCUGCCCGGACGAGGAGGGAGAAAGAAAACAGUGAAUUUUAUGAACUGGCUAAAUUACUGCCUUUACCCUCAGCCAUCACCUCGCAGCUGGACAAAGCAUCCAUAAUCAGACUCACGACCAGCUAUCUCAAAAUGAGAGUGGUUUUCCCAGAAGGGCUUGGCGAGGCGUGGGGCCACACCAGUCGAACCAGUCCCUUGGACAACGUUGGUCGAGAACUCGGCUCUCAUCUACUACAGACUCUGGAUGGCUUCAUCUUCGUGGUGGCCCCAGAUGGAAAGAUCAUGUACAUUUCUGAGACAGCUUCAGUUCACCUGGGCCUUUCUCAGGUGGAGCUGACUGGGAACAGCAUCUACGAAUAUAUCCACCCAGCUGACCAUGAUGAGAUGACAGCGGUGCUCACAGCUCACCAACCCUACCAUUCUCAUUUCGUGCAGGAGUAUGAGAUUGAACGCUCCUUCUUUCUGAGGAUGAAGUGUGUUUUAGCCAAGCGGAACGCUGGCCUCACUUGCGGUGGCUACAAGGUCAUUCACUGUAGCGGCUACCUGAAGAUCCGCCAGUACAGCCUGGAUAUGUCGCCCUUCGAUGGGUGCUACCAGAAUGUGGGUUUGGUGGCUGUGGGUCACUCCCUGCCUCCGAGCGCUGUCACAGAAAUCAAACUACACAGCAACAUGUUCAUGUUCCGAGCCAGUCUGGACAUGAAGCUUAUUUUCCUGGACUCCAGGGUGGCGGAGCUGACUGGGUAUGAACCUCAGGACUUGAUUGAGAAGACCCUAUAUCAUCACGUGCAUGGCUGUGACACCUUCCACCUUCGCUGCGCGCAUCACUUACUGUUGGUGAAGGGGCAAGUGACCACCAAGUACUACAGGUUCUUGGCGAAGCACGGCGGUUGGGUCUGGGUGCAGAGUUACGCCACCAUCGUUCACAACAGCCGCUCCUCGAGGCCGCACUGCAUCGUCAGCGUCAAUUACGUUCUCACAGACACAGAAUACAAAGGUCUGCAGCUCUCCCUGGACCAGAUCUCAGCCUCUAAGCCCACCUUCUCCUAUGCUAGUAGCUCCACCCCCACCAUCACUGACAACAGGAAGGGGAAUAAGUCUCGGCUAUCCAGCACCAAGUCAAAAUCCAGAACCUCCCCAUAUCCCCAGUAUUCGGGAUUCCACACUGAAAGAUCGGAAUCUGACCAUGACAGCCAGUGGGGUGGAAGUCCCCUGACUGAUACUGCCUCCCCACAGCUCCUGGACCCAGAGAGGCCUGGUUCUCAGCACGAAGUGUCAUGUGCCUACAGGCAGUUCCCAGAUCGCAGCUCCCUCUGCUAUGGCUUUGCACUGGAUCAUUCCAGGCUGGUGGAGGACAGGCACUUCCACACUCAAGCCUGUGAGGGAGGCCGCUGUGAGGCAGGCAGGUACUUCUUAGGAGCACCACCAACUGGCAGAGAUCCCUGGUGGGGAUCUCGAGCAGCCUUGCCACUUACCAAGGCCUCCCCGGAGAGCAGAGAAGCCUAUGAGAACAGCAUGCCGCAUAUCACCUCUGUCCACAGAAUCCAUGGUCGAGGUCACUGGGACGAAGAUAGUGUGGUCAGCUCUCCAGACCCUGGGUCAGCCAGUGAAUCAGGUGACCGAUACCGCACUGAACAGUACCAAAAUAGCCCACAUGAACCUAGCAAAAUUGAAACUCUCAUAAGAGCCACACAGCAGAUGAUAAAAGAGGAAGAGAACAGAUUACAGCUAAGGAAAGCGCCUCCAGACCAACUGGCUUCCAUUAAUGGAGCUGGGAAAAAACACUCUCUCUGUUUUGCAAACUAUCAACAGGCUCCACCGUCAGGUGAAGUCUGCCACAGCUCUGCUCUUGCCAGCAAUUCACCAUGUGACCAUAUCCAGCAGAGAGAGGGCAAGAUGCUCAGCCCUCAUGAAAAUGACUAUGACAACAGUCCCACUGCACUGUCUCGGAUAAGUAGUCCCAGUUCUGACCGCAUUACAAAGUCCAGUUUGAUCUUGGCUAAAGACUAUCUACAUUCAGAUAUGUCUCCUCAUCAGACAGCAGGAGACCAUCCUGCCAUCUCUCCAAACUGCUUUGGCUCCCAUCGGCAGUAUUUUGAUAAGCAUGCCUACACAUUAACUGGAUAUGCCCUGGAGCAUUUAUAUGACAGUGAAACUAUUAGAAACUAUUCCUUGGGAUGUAAUGGCUCACACUUUGAUGUAACUUCCCAUCUGAGGAUGCAGCCAGACCCAGCACAAGGACACAAGGGAACAUCUGUUAUAAUAACCAAUGGAAGCUGAUGUUUUUCUAAGAUAUUUUGUUCUUCAAGGGUCUCUGAAACAUAUUUAUCAUUUAAUGCCCCCUUAGCAGCAUUUACUAUGCCACAGAUUGUUAGAAAAGCUAAGUUAAAGUUUCUGGCUAUUUGGCAGGAGUUUCUGUGGGAGUAAAAAGUACAAAAUAAGAACAACCCCAAUGUUCAGGGUUAUACACAGAUAACUGAGCUAAAAUAAAUACAGAAAUUGCCCACAUAUUACAGUGGAACCAUAGUAGAUAUAUUUGAAUUGAAAAACACUAAUGCAAAGUAAGCAUAUACACAACGUGGAAGGGCUGAUAAAUUGUGUCACGACAAUCUAGUAGAAUUCAUGCACAUAAAUCUUAUGCUACUCACAAACUGCUAUGUACGUUUCACAUGCAUAAAUACACAAAAUGGGUCCCUACCACAUGAAGCUUCUGAAAGGAAUACCAGUUCCCAAAAUAGCUCAAGAGAAGAGGGAUGUGUCUUGUAAACCUGUUUCUUCAUCUUUAUGGUUUUGAGCUAGUCCACUCAUUUGGUUCAGGCAUGAAUUAGAGAAAUGGUGCUAUCUACAGUACAUGAAUGCAUUUUCACCUGGUACCCAUUACACACAGUCAGGAAGCAGUGAUUUUUCCACCUUACUUUUGAGUUAGACAUAAACCAGGAUUGCUUUGACACAGCAGUAAGGAUCUUUCUAUGUCACAGCAUUGAAAUGUUAGGAGACAAGAAGUGUAGCCUACUCAAUUUUAAGUGGGUUAGAGAAGGAAAGGGCAAAGCAGCAUAGAAUGAUACUGAAUCUCAAAACACACCUUUUAAGACUGAGAACAGGUAAACAACAUUUUGGGGACUUAGAUAUACAAAUAAGAAAUUUAAACCAGCUCACCUAGACAAAAUGCUGAUUAGUGCAAAAGUAAUUAAGGAAGAUCUGUAAGGUACGACAGGAUAACAGGAUAAGUAUUGAAAAACAUCUCAAAGCACAGAUACGAGAGUGUCUCAUGUGAAAAGUCUCAUGAGAGGGUCUAAGUUAACAGCUCGGGCAGAUAGACAAGUGGUUCAAAAGGUGCAUGGGGAACUCAAAGGGAAAAUGUUGACUUUCUUUGCUAUUUGUAAACAGUGAAAACAACAUACUUGCUCAAAUGUCCAUGUGGCACAGUAAAAAGUCCAGUGAACUGUAUUGCAAGAUCUCUGGGUUUCUAUUCUGCUCUUGCCUGUCACUUAAAUUUGGGACCAUAGAUGCAUCAUGCACAGUCCCUGAAUCUUGGUUUUCUGGUCUGAAAAGCACCUCUUGUCCAUGGUUUAUGACUCAUUAGUGCAAAGUAAACUAGUAAACAGUUAAAUUUCUGCUAUGAGUUUUCAAGAUUUUGGAUUUUUCCAUCCAGGUCUAGAUACUUUGUUAUUUAAGCAAUGUGUGGACUCUUUCAGGCAGGAAGAGUUAUAGUCAACUCUCUCUUAGAUGCAGCCAAAUGAAGAUGGUAUAAAUUUAUGAGGGGGAAGAAAAAAAUACUUAAAUCUACUAAAUGCACUGUUCUCUAGUAUUCAAAGAAAAUGACAUGAUUGGUUAGAAAAGUUUCAUAGGUAGUAUUUCUUAGGAUUCCCAUGCCUGUUACUUUUGUGAUAUUUAAGAAGGGGAAUCUACUGGAAGGACUUGAUUAUGAAAGCAUUACACGGCAUCAGACACUCAGGGAUUAGUACUGUAUUUUCAUCACUCAACACAAUCAUUUGGUGACAGCCUGUAUGACAAUACAUUUAGAGUUGAAACAUUGGGUUGCUUAUACACGAGAGGAGAGGAUACACAAAAUUAACUACUUGAGUAUAACAAAACAAUAUUAUCAAUGAAAAUGAAGACAGGUGCAAGUCAGUGAGAACAUAGCUUAUGCACUUAAAUGUACCUUCAAAAAUGUUCUUAGGACAAUGAAAUCUAAAAUUUGAACCCUAUAAGAAAAAUAUUCUGUAAUUUUGAGAAAAUUAUUUCUGAGAUACACAGAGAAUAGAUGAUUUGGCUAAAAUUUCAACAUGAGAAAUGUUUUUGGAAUGGCGAUGGUUUUACAGAAUUCUGUAGGUCAGGCAAAAAUAUUUGGUGAGUGGGUAUUUUGGGCAGAAAAAAAUCUAUACAAGUAGGUUAUAUUUCUGGGUAGGUAUAUAUUAGUUUAUCAGAGGUACCUUCUGUAAGAAAUAUAAAGAAGAACCUAGGCAUAUGAACUAAUACUAAAGAGAGGAUUGUCACUAAAGAAAUUCCAACAGAGUUUUUAAUGUGGAGGAUAACUCAUAUAAAAAUAAAUUGUGAACUCCACAGACAGAGUCUCAUAAGGAGAAACAAUGCUUCCCAGAAUGCCAGAACUAAUAUUUUUAAAAGAAGACAGAAUCUUCUAAAUUAUAAUUUGAUUUACAGUCUUGGUAGAUUGACCCAUUUAAAAUAUACUAGUCAUUUAUUUAAUUAAACAAAUGUCAAUUUUGCAGUGAUAAUUUUAUAAUAUUCCACAUAAUGCUUCAAAGAAUCACAAUAUAUAUAGCUUACAUUGUUUGGCAAAAUGGCAUGAUUAUUAUAAAUGACUCCAAAUGAAUUGACCUUUUAUAGCUAGGUGACUUCUGACUGUUCACAUAGAUGUACAGAAUGUAUUUGUAGCCUCCAUUAUUUUGUUCUGUAUAAGAACAAAUUUGCUUAUAAAGAAUUAUCUGCGUCUUAAAAAUACGGGACUAGAAUAAAUACAUUUCCAAUAACUUUAUCAAAAUUAAAAUUAAAUUGGCUUUAUUUUUAAUCCUUGAUUUUCCCAUUUUUGCUAAAAUAUUGAAAGCCUGAGAGGCAUGUUUCCUUCUAUCACUUUGGGAAUUCUUAAAAAAUGUUACAUCUAAUUAUAGCACCACAACAUUCACAGUUUAUUAGUCUUUACGAAGCCUAUUUUAUCUGGAAAUAGUAAGAAUAUCUCUGACGCUUAUUUACUUUCUUUACCAAGAUAAAAUUUAAAAUGGUGGGUGACCAAUGAAAUAUAAAAUUUCCCGAUCUUCCUGUUAAAAUUAUUAUUGUGAACAUACAGUUGAUAUAUUCUUUUUGGAUGUAUUUUUAAGGUCAGAGACAAUGUAGAUGAGAUAUUUAUGUAUGCUCUGUCCCCACAAAUCUUUUGACAUCACAUGCAAAAUCUAAUGUGACAGUUUUUCUAAGCUGUACUUGCCUGUACAAGACACUAUGUCAAAACUGAUAGGACAUUCAAAACCAGACAGUACGUAAUAAACAAUUUUUCAGUGUUUAUAAGGAAAGCUUCAUCUUAUUUUCUGAUUAUAGUUUAUAGAGCUAGAUUAUUCCCAGCGAGUAUUGUUCUUCACGUCUGCACCCUGCUGCCUGCCACAUGCUGCCUUUGGGAAGAGAAUCCCACUUAACAUAACCUUGAAUGGGAUCUCCUUAAAAGGAUAAUAUCUUCCAUUUCUAUUUCUUUUUUAUGUGGAUUUUAAUUCUAAUAUGAGAUUAUUUGGAAAGUAUGAAUUGAUAUUUUCAAAUAAAAUGAAAGCCUCCCCCCAUCUAGAUUACGUAAGUGAUAGAAUAGCUGGAAAGACACUGAAUACAGACUUGCUUUUUUUUUUUUUUUAACUCUGUCUCUUGCUCUGUAUCUCUCUGUUUCUCUCUCUUGGAACCAGCUAAUCACCAAGCUAUUUGUAUGAUCUAUCAGUGCUAGCAGUAAUUGAGAGUGACAGAGUGAGAGCUGAGGACUGGACUGGGAAUCGCUUAUCUUGCCUGGAAUAGCUUACGCUGCGGUAUUGCCUUUCUUGUUAAAAAAAAAAAAAAUGAAUGUCUGGGUUUGGCUUCUUAAUUUACUCAAAUGGUAGAUGUAGAAACACAUCCAGUUUUCUGAGUGACUUAACAGAGAAUGUAAGUCCUCCAAAUAAGUAAUUGAGCAUUCAUGUAAGUGUUAAUUUUUUGUAAGGAUUUCACUAGAGGUAAAAAUCUGUUGGCUAGCUCUUACUGUGAAGAUAUACAGUGAACAAGACACUCUAAAUUUUAAGCGAGGGGCAGAACAGCUGUGGAUACAUGCAAGUGUAUCAUAAAUAGGAAAUAUCCUUGGGGGAAAGUUUUGUGUGGUACUUAUUUCUUGUGCACAAAGGUUGUACGGGUAGUGCUUAAAUUCAAAAGGUAAGAUGACAAUUCCGUAUAGGCAUUCAUUCAGCGUUCUUUCUCUCAGAAUGUGUGCAGAAAAUACACACAUACACACACAUACACACAAAUGCACACACACACUAUGACUUUUAUAUUACUUUGAGAAUUUAUAAAUGCGCUAUAUCUAAUGUGAAUGUAUGAUGAUUCACACAAGAAAUUAUAAUUCAUAAUUUUAAGAUAAUCAUUGUAGUUUAUUUUACUGGGAUUUGCUGUGUGAAUUUUGCCUUCAUAAACUAGAUAAGAGGACUUUGUCCUAAUCUGAUAAUCACAUUAAAUUUCUACCUAAUAAUUAUGAUGUGUUUACAUUUCAAAAGAAAUGAAAUUGGCAUUGGUAAAUUUUUCCAAUAACUGUAAUUUCUUUUCCAAGGAAUAGAUUUCAAAAAUAGAAAAGAAACAAGAGGCACUUCAAGAAAGAAAAAAAUAUUUUAUGCUUGUUUUUUUGACUGACAUGCUAUAAAAAGGAUUAUAUUUGUGAGAGAAGAUACUGGUUCGAAAUACCCUCUUGCAAUGUAUAGUUUUUAGUGAUAUUGUAGUAUAAACUUGUAAUUUGAACUUUUACGUUGGAAUGUAAAGUAGAAAAUAAUAGCAAUGUCAAUGAUAUCUUGCAAAGUGUUUCCAUUUAUAAUUAUUUAUAUUGUAAAUAGCUUUCUGAAGUAAAAUUGAAGUUA